AUGGAACUUCUGAAUCCACUUCACGCCCGUUCCGUCCAAACAGCGCUUAAUUUUGUGAAAAAUCCGGUCAAAGCCUGUGAUACUGUUUACGGAUUUAUACAGGAAUUGAAUGUCUUGAUUAAGUCGAGACGCGAUGAUUCGCGCGAUGACUAUCACCUCUACUACGGCGAGACGUGGGAUCUGAUGCAAAGGCGAUGGUCUAAACUAGAAAAGGAUUUUAGAUUGAAGAGUGGUUGCUAUGAUAUCAGCAAAAUACCAGACAUUUAUGACUGCAUUAAAUAUGAUUUGCAACACAACCAACACGUCCUUCAAUUUCCUGACGCCGAAGACUUUUACAAAUACGCCAAAGCGUUGGCCGAUCUCGUCAUUCCUCAAGAGUAUGGAAUCACACAAAAGGAAAAGUUGACAAUAGGUUUAGGCAUUUGUUCGCCGCUUCUCAAGAAAAUUAGAUCCGAUUUAUUGACCAACACUUACGCCGCCGAAGACGACGAGUCGGAAAGUGUUAAUCGUCUGAAUCCACACUAUUCUCAUGGAGUCUCUUCACCCGGUCGUCACGUCAGGACUCGGCUAUACUUCACGAGUGAAAGUCAUAUUCAUUCCCUUUUAAAUGUUUUACGUUUAGGCGGUCUUUUUGAUGAAGCAAAGGAUGAACAGUGGAGACGAGCCAUGGAUUACGUUAGUCUCGUCUCUGAACUGAAUUAUAUGACACAAAUUGUUAUAAUGCUAUACGAAGACCAAACCAAAGACCCGACUUCUGACGACAGAUUUCACGUGGAAUUACAUUUCAGUCCAGGAGUUGUCUGUUGUUUGCAGAAGAAUCACAUCAAAGGUCCCGGUUUUAGGCCUCAAUCCAGAAGUAGCGGAACCAUUAAGGAAUCGCCGACUAUUCUGGAAGAACCAGAAUUGGAGGAGAAGACUAAACAAAGCGGUAACGAUAAUCAAAAGUCAGAACCGAUUCCCAUAACCGUUACAACAAGUAAAGAGAGGAAUAACUCUGGCGACACAACAGAGGCCUCCACUCCAACUGAGUCUAAGGCUCGUAGUUAUUCAUUAUCUUCUUCCACACAAAGACCUCACAGUCUUGAGAGUGAUAUCAUUAAAGAGCAGCAGAAGAAACAGAUUGAUAAAGAAAGGGCUCUCACUCUCAGUUGGAAUGACGUCUCGGGAUCUGUUGACUGCGAUCUUCCCGGCUGUCAGAGGUCGACGAGUAGUCUCUUUAGCACAGCUGUCAUCAGUGGCUCUUCGAGCGCACCAAACCUUCAGGAGACUCUUCUUCACACCAGUUCUGAGGGCUGUUCGAGUAUCCCAACGAUACGACCGCUGGAGACACUACACAACGCCUUAUCUCUGCGUCAUUUGGAGUCAUUCCUGGAGAAGUUGACGGCUUCCCAACUCUAUCGACUGCCCCUCUCGUCGUCGUCGAUGCGAAUACCCAUAAACGCCAACUCAAGCGGACUGUCAGGCAAUCACAUGAAAGGCUGUCUCCCGAUAACGUCGCCGACGAGUUCGUGUCAGAGCUUUGGUUGGAGUGGUCCGCCUUCCUUCGUGUCCAGCAGUGGCCCGUCGUCUCCCAAUUCCUCGCAUUUAGAUCUCUUGUCUCGUAAACCAAACGAUUCGGAGACAACACCGGCCGACAACUGCUGGAGUGGCGGUCUUUUUGAUGAAGCAAAGGAUGAACAGUGGAGACGAGCCAUGGAUUACGUUAGUCUCGUCUCUGAACUUAAUUAUAUGACACAAAUUGUUAUAAUGCUAUACGAAGACCAAACCAAAGACCCGACUUCUGACGACAGAUUUCAUGUGGAAUUACAUUUCAGUCCAGGAGUUGUCUGUUGUCUACAGAAGAAUCACAUCAAAGGUCCCGGUUUUAGGCCUCAAUCCAGAAGUAGCGGAACCAUUAAGGAAUCGCCGACUAUUCUGGAAGAACCAGAAUUAGAGGAGAAGACUAAGCAAAGCGGUAACGAUAAUCAAAAGUCAGAACCGAUUCCCAUAACCGUAACAACAAGUAAAGAGAGGAAUAACUCUGGCGACACAACAGAGGCCUCCACUCCAACAGAGUCUAAGGCUCGUAGUUAUUCAUUAUCUUCUUCCACACAAAGACCUCACAGUCUUGAGAGUGAUAUCAUUAAAGAGCAGCAGAAGAAACAGAUAGAUAAAGAAAGAGCUCUCACUCUGAGUUGGAAUGACGUCUCGGGAUCUGUUGACUGCGAUCUUCCCGGCUGUCAGAACAUUUAUGACUGCAUUAAAUAUGAUUUGCAACACAACCAACACGUCCUUCAAUUUCCUGACGCCGAAGACUUUUACAAAUACGCCAAAGCGUUGGCCGAUCUCGUCAUUCCUCAAGAGUAUGGAAUCACACAAAAGGAAAAGUUGACAAUAGGUUUAGGCAUUUGUUCGCCGCUUCUCAAGAAAAUUAGAUCCGAUUUAUUGACCAACACUUACGCCGCCGAAGACGACGAGUCGGAAAGUGUUAAUCGUCUGAAUCCACACUAUUCUCAUGGAGUCUCUUCACCCGGUCGUCACGUCAGGACUCGGCUAUACUUCACGAGUGAAAGUCAUAUUCAUUCCCUUUUAAAUGUUUUACGUUUAGGCGGUCUUUUUGAUGAAGCAAAGGAUGAACAGUGGAGACGAGCCAUGGAUUACGUUAGUCUCGUCUCUGAACUGAAUUAUAUGACACAAAUUGUUAUAAUGCUAUACGAAGACCAAACCAAAGACCCGACUUCUGACGACAGAUUUCACGUGGAAUUACAUUUCAGUCCAGGAGUUGUCUGUUGUUUGCAGAAGAAUCACAUCAAAGGUCCCGGUUUUAGGCCUCAAUCCAGAAGUAGCGGAACCAUUAAGGAAUCGCCGACUAUUCUGGAAGAACCAGAAUUGGAGGAGAAGACUAAACAAAGCGGUAACGAUAAUCAAAAGUCAGAACCGAUUCCCAUAACCGUUACAACAAGUAAAGAGAGGAAUAACUCUGGCGACACAACAGAGGCCUCCACUCCAACUGAGUCUAAGGCUCGUAGUUAUUCAUUAUCUUCUUCCACACAAAGACCUCACAGUCUUGAGAGUGAUAUCAUUAAAGAGCAGCAGAAGAAACAGAUUGAUAAAGAAAGGGCUCUCACUCUCAGUUGGAAUGACGUCUCGGGAUCUGUUGACUGCGAUCUUCCCGGCUGUCAGAGGUCGACGAGUAGUCUCUUUAGCACAGCUGUCAUCAGUGGCUCUUCGAGCGCACCAAACCUUCAGGAGACUCUUCUUCACACCAGUUCUGAGGGCUGUUCCAGUAUCCCAACGAUACGACCGCUGGAGACACUACACAACGCCUUAUCUCUGCGUCAUUUGGAGUCAUUCCUGGAGAAGUUGACGGCUUCCCAACUCUAUCGACUGCCCCUCUCGUCCUCUUCGAUGCGAAUACCCAUAAACGCCAACUCAAGCGGACUGUCAGGCAAUCACAUGAAAGGCUGUCUACCGAUAACGUCGCCGACGAGUUCGUGUCAGAGCUUUGGUUGGAGUGGUCCGCCUUCCUUCGUGUCCAGUAGUGGCCCGUCGUCUCCCAAUUCCUCGCAUUUAGAUCUCUUGUCUCGUAAACCAAACGAUUCGGAGACAACACCGGCCGACAACUGCUGGAGUGGUCCGCCCUCUCCACUCGACUCCAAAUAUUAUGCAAACAAUUCAAACUUCUAGUUAUUGUUUCGUUUGUUUUACUCAACAUUUUCUAAAUAUUCUUAUAUUUUUAUUUUAUUUAACCAUUUGUAACACAGAAU